AUGUCAACUACCUUUCCAGGUCUCGUCCACGAUGCAGAGAUACGUCAUGACGGAUCAAACAGUUACCGUUUGAUGCAGCUUGGAUGCCUGGAGUCUGUGGCCAACUCGACCGUCGCCUAUUCCUCCUCAUCUCCUCUCACUUAUUCUACCACGGGCACCGAGUUCGCCUCCCCGUACUUCUCCACUAACCACCAGUACACCCCACUGCAUCACCAGUCCUUCCACUACGAGUUCCAACACAGCCACCCGGCAGUCAACCCCGACGCUUACUCCUUGAACUCUCUGCACCACUCCCAGCAAUAUUACCAGCAGAUCCACCAUGGAGAACCCACUGAUUUUAUCAACCUGCACAAUGCGCGGGCACUCAAAUCCUCCUGCUUGGACGAGCAGAGGAGAGAGCUGGGGUGCUUAGAUGCUUACCGCCGCCACGACCUGUCUCUUAUGAGCCAUGGAUCCCAAUAUGGGAUGCAUCCAGAUCAAAGACUCCUGCCAGGACCAAGCCUCGGGCUUGCAGCCUCGGGAGCUGACGAUUUGCAGAGCUCAGUGGAGGCCCAAUGUGGACUUGUACUCAACGGGCAAGGAGGUGUGAUAAGAAGAGGUGGCACCUGUGUUGUCAACCCCACUGACCUGUUCUGCUCCGUUCCUGGUCGCUUGUCUCUGCUCAGCUCCACUUCCAAGUACAAAGUGACCAUUGCAGAGGUGAAGAGGCGCCUUUCACCACCAGAAUGCCUCAACGCCUCCCUCCUUGGAGGCAUUUUGAGAAGAGCAAAAUCCAAGAACGGAGGACGCUGCUUGAGAGAAAAAUUAGACAGACUUGGACUAAAUUUGCCUGCAGGAAGAAGAAAAGCAGCAAAUGUCACACUCCUGACUUCUCUGGUAGAAGGGGAAGCACUACAUUUGGCCAGAGAUUUCGGCUACACCUGUGAAACAGAGUUCCCUGCCAAGGCAGUAGGAGAGCACAUUGCCAGACAGCACAUGGAACAGAAAGAGCAGACAGCGAGGAAAAAGAUGAUCCUAGCGACCAAACAAAUAUGUAAAGAAUUCCAAGACCUUCUAAGUCAAGACAGAUCACCCCUCGGAUCCUCCAGACCGACUCCAAUAUUAGACCUCGACAUCCAGAGACAUUUAACACAUUUCAGUUUGAUCACUCACGGUUUUGGAACUCCUGCAAUAUGUGCUGCCCUAAGCACUUUCCAAACUGUUCUCAGUGAAAUGCUGAACUACUUGGAAAAGCACACAUCGCACAAAAACGGAGGAGCGGCGGAAUCCGGCCAAGGACACGCCAACUCGGAGAAAGCCCCCCUGCGGAAAACUUCAGAGGCUGCUGUGAAAGAGGGCAAAACAGAAAAGACAGACUAG